AUGCGAACUUGGGAACUUCUUAAUGGCGCUAGGGAGAAUGAUUUGUGGCGGGUAGCGUGGAAGAUAAAUGGUCCUUCUAAAUUGUGUCACUUUGUCUGGAGAGCGUGCAAAGGAAGCUUGGGAGUAAUGGAUGUCUUUAGACAACGGCACGUCCGUAAGUCUAGUGUGUGUUUGGUGUGUGGUCAUGUUGAGGAGUCUAUUAUACAUGCACUGUUUGAUUGGAAACUUGCUAGUGAGAUAUGGGUUCAUAGUGACUUUAUGGGUCUGUUAAUGCAGGCGUCGAGGACUUCGUGCUCGGAACUGCUCCAGUGGGUGGCGGGGAAGUUUCCUAAGGAGCAGCUUGUACAUUUUGUGUCACUUGCCUGGGCUGCUUGGUCCUGUAGGAAUACCACGCUUUUUGAACCAGAUAAGCCCCUUCCCCCUGUUAUGGUGGCUGCUGGAUUUGUGAAACUAAGCGAUGAGUAUGGUGCUUAUAAGGACAAGGUGAGUAGGGGUCCUGUUAUACCACAUUUCACAUCGGUUGCGUCGUGGAAGUUACCCCCUGCCAAUGUUGUCAAAAUAAAUGUGGACGCUCAUAUAACCCUGAAGCAGGAGGUGCAGUUUGGCAUGGUGAUUCGAGAUGAGUGGGGCGUGCUUCGUGUGACUGGUGUGAAGAAGUUGAGGGUUCGAUGGUCGCCCGAGCUAGCUGAGGCCGGAGCUCCAAGGGGGGGGGGGUGUGGCACGGAGGAUGGGGUUUGA